AUGUCCGGGGUGGUGCGGACCCUCAGCCGCUGCCUGCUGCCGGCCGAGGCCGGCGGGGCCCGCGAGCGCAGGGCGGGCGGGGCGCGCGACGCGGAGCGCGAGGCCCGAAGGCGCAGCCGCGACAUCGACGCGCUGCUGGCCCGCGAGCGGCGCGCCGUGCGGCGCCUGGUGAAGAUCCUGCUGCUGGGCGCGGGCGAGAGCGGCAAGUCCACCUUCCUCAAGCAGAUGCGCAUCAUCCACGGCCGCGAGUUCGACCAGAAGGCGCUGCUCGAGUUCCGAGACACCAUCUUCGACAACAUCCUCAAGGGCUCAAGGGUUCUUGUCGAUGCGCGAGACAAGCUUGGCAUUCCUUGGCAGUAUUCUGAGAAUGAAAAGCAUGGGAUGUUCUUGAUGGCCUUUGAGAACAAGGCGGGGCUGCCUGUGGAGCCUGCCACCUUUCAGCUGUAUGUCCCUGCUCUGAGCGCACUCUGGAGGGAUUCUGGCAUCAGGGAAGCUUUCAGCCGGAGGAGCGAGUUUCAGCUGGGUGAAUCAGUGAAGUACUUCUUGGAUAACUUGGACCGGAUCGGUCAGCUGAAUUACUUUCCUAGUAAGCAAGACAUCCUGCUGGCAAGGAAAGCCACCAAGGGAAUUGUGGAACAUGACUUCGUCAUUAAAAAAAUCCCUUUUAAGAUGGUGGAUGUGGGCGGCCAGCGGUCUCAGCGCCAAAAGUGGUUCCAGUGCUUUGAUGGGAUCACAUCGAUCCUAUUCAUGGUGUCAUCCAGUGAGUACGACCAGGUCCUCAUGGAGGACAGGCGCACCAACCGGCUGGUGGAAUCGAUGAACAUCUUUGAGACAAUAGUCAACAACAAGCUCUUCUUCAACGUCUCCAUAAUCCUGUUCCUCAACAAGACGGACCUCCUGGUGGAGAAAGUGAAGACAGUCAGCAUCCAGAAGCACUUCCCAGAUUUCAGAGGCGACCCGCACAGGCUGGAGGAUGUGCAGCGCUACUUGGUCCAGUGUUUUGACAGGAAGAGACGGAAUCGCAGUAAGCCGCUGUUCCACCACUUCACCACCGCCAUAGACACUGAGAACAUCCGCUUCGUGUUUCAUGCUGUGAAGGACACCAUCUUGCAGGAGAACCUGAAAGAUAUCAUGUUGCAGUGAAGGGAAAGCCCUCUGUCGCCGUCCUUGAGCAGCCUCCACGGCUGUUGGUCAGAUCUCUUUGGUGUGUCUUACCUGCAUGGUUCUGGAGUGGGUUCUCGGAUUCACGCCACCUAGCUCGAGAAUGUUGUAAAACCAGCCAGGCCAACAAGCUCUAGGCAAACAGACACGGAAACUUUGAUGUUAGCUACUGAAUCCUGGGGACAAGUGAAACUACUGAAAAUCCAAGUGCUCACUUUGGUAUUAAUGUGGAAUACCUAAUAACACAGCUUUCUUUCUUUUUACAGAAAUGUCAUUCUUUCUGACACAAUUUAAUUGAAGAGUGUGUGGGUAUGUGCAUGCACAUGCUCUCCUUAAUGACAGAAACACAAAAACCAGCUGGCCUUGCAGAUGGCUUUUCUCUCUAACUUGCAUUUUUUCGCUGAGACAAACUAACAUGAAAGCUUUGCCUAGUUGUAGCUUGUGGAGAUCAAAUGCACGCCGAUGCUGCUAAACUCUGAGUGCCCAGGCCUGGCCCCGCAGCCCCAGCGUCCAAAUGCCACUUCCCAAAGUAAACAUGUUGCCUUUUAAAACUCUUGUGCCAAUUUCCUAAGAGACCCUAAUCCAAGCCUAUUAGAUUGAGCCGAGGAGCCGUGCCAAGGAUCCCCCUCCCAGCUUUGAGGACAGGAUUGGGAGUUUCGAAGGUGUGAACUGGCCUUAAUGCCCGAUAGCACACUCAGCUCCUCCUGCCUUCCCAGACUGCCCAGCAGCACGGCGAGGAGUGGACGUGGGAUGCUGGCAGUGAAUGUGGCCCUAUCUGUCUGCACACAGUGGUGCUUUUCACUUCUUACCUCCCUUCCCCUCGCCCUGCCCAGUGCAAAGACACAUAAACCAAGUAGCCUUGCAGAUGACUUUGCCGUCUUACUUGCGAGUCAUCUUCUGACACCACAGUUGAGAGCAUGUAGCUUUUCCUCCUUUUGGAAGUAGUGGAGAGUUUCAUCUUCUCUUCUGGGGCUUGUGAAAGCUGGCAAGACUACUAGCAAAGCUUUUGUUAACGCCACAGCUGCUUGGCGAGUUCCUAACAGCUGACCUUUCUGGAAGCCCACCAACUAAAGAAAUCUGAGUUUCUCCAAACUGCCGCUACACCAGUGCCUUUGGACAGCCAGUCCCUGUUCUCGGCUCCCCUUUAAGUCUGAUUCUUACCAAGGGCUCUUGCUUCUAUUGCUGUGCACACAGAACAGUAAACUACCAGAUACAGCUCUCGUGGGAGGAACCCACAGAAGGCUGAGCAUGUUGGCGUGAGCUGGUAAAUCAUAAGCUCAGUCGACUCGUCCAGUUACCUGCCAGGUGUCUUUCACUGUGUUUAAAAAUACAUUGCCUUCCACACUGGUCCCCUCUGUGCAUUACUCUACUAGAAAAGCCUGUCUAGUAUUUUGGGGGGACUUCUAGCAUUCAAGAGAGAAGGAAAAGCUUCCUCUUAACCAGCACCUAAGUGUUGCUAUGGCUUAAUAACACACCCAGGGCCUUGUCCUGAUGCCACACUGUCCCCACCCUGUCCCCUUUUGUGUCUCACUCUCAGCUUGUUUCCAGCAAGCCAGAGAAACAUGAAUCUUGGGGCAGAUGCGGAACCAGAAGAGGGAGGACAAAAACCUGCUGCUGAGUCAUCCUUGUUAUCACAGUGUUUUAAUUAGGAGACAACAUGGAAUUCUCUUUCUCUUUUGGUGCUUGGGGGUUUGUGUCAAUGUUUGCUGGGCUUUGAGCUCUUUUUUUGGCUGGAAAAAAAAAGUUGCUGUUUUUGUACUGCUUCCUGUGGCUCUUCACAAACUGAAAGGAUGUGACCGGGAUCAGUGCCGAUGACCGCGUUUUGAAGGAAAAAGCUUGCUCUUGGCAGGGUUCACCAGCCUGGUCUCAGAUCACAUUUCCAGUUUGCAACAGUGAGAGCCCCCUGGUCCACAGUGAGGUGGGCUUCGCUUGCCCAGGUCAGUUUUCUGUAUCACGUUUGUCAGGAUCCGUGGCCCAGAGGAAGGGCAACCACUGUUCCCCACCAACUUGGAAAUCCUCUUCACGGUUUAGUUGGAGAUCACUGCCACCGUAACUGGGGGAAUCAUUUGAAACACUAUCCCAAAAGCUCUUGUCAGCAAGGGCUUUUUUCCCUUAAGCAGUUGGGUAUAUUUACGAGUCACUUGCAAACCUGGAAGCAUGAGAGUAAUGAGAUACCACGACUUCUGUGUCAGCAGGAAGUGGGGUGGGAUGGCCCGAAGGCGGGGGCCCAGGACCAGCUCAGCCCCUGACCCCACCGCCUGGUCGUGCACUUGGCUUUGCUGAGCGUGGACUGCCGCCUCUUCCCCAGGACCAGAGCGAAUCAGAACGCCUUUAAAGACGCCCCACUGUAAAUUACGUAAUGUGUUGUAAUUGGAGACCAUAACUACUUGCAAGGCGAAACCGAAAUUAUUUACAACUUUUCUAUACAAAGAUUAUAGUCAUUUUUUUCCUCCAAAACCUUAGGCUUUUUGUAUUUUUUUUAUUUUAAUUUCACUGUUAAUCCUUGAUUGUUGUCUUUUUUAAUUGAGAUGUUGGAAAAGCAGGAGGUAGUUGUGCCUCAUCUAUUAUUGCAAAAAUGUAACAAUAAACUUCCUCAAAAAUAAGA